UUUUUUUUUUUUUUUUUUUUUUUUUUUUAAUUUUAAAACAUCGCGCCGCAGUUCGGGUGUAUUCCAGGCUUUUUGGAGCGCUCCUUUCAAAUUUCAGCGAUGACUAGCCCCAGGGAGCCGGCCGAGAAGGGGUGUUCACUGAGUCGUGCGAGGGGAGGGGGCGGUGGAAGCCGUACCCCCGCGCAGGAGCGGGCGCGCACCGGGCUGUUCUCGCCGCCCCGAGCCAGCGGCCGCGCUCCGGGUCGUGCCGAGCCCGAGGUCGGAUUUGUUUGCGCCUGUAGUUUGCACAGGGGAGGCAGGUGUGGAGGUUGUAAAGGCCGUUAGGAACUUGUAAAAUUAGCAGCCCCUGCGCGCUUGAGGGGAACGGCGUUAGAGAAGUUUGCUGACUCCGAAUAGCGGUGCCACCAGAAGUUUUCCUCCUUGCGAUACAGCCUGUCACAGCCGGAGGUUUUCUUUCACUCUGCUCUGCAAAGUUACCCUCUCUGUGAAGGGACGGUUUUGCUCUGUAGUCUUUACUAAAGAAGAUGUGCGUAGUUAGAAACUGAGCGUGUGAAGAAACGACUUCCCACUGCCGCGGUCGAUUCGAAGGGAGCUUUUAAUUUUGUGCUUCAAGAAAGCUCAUUACUCCUUGGAUUACUUUUCUACCUUGGUCUAGAAGAAUCCUUCCAAGAAAAAGAAAGAAAGGGGAGGGGAGGAGGCUGUGCUCCUGGACAAGCACCGUUGGGUUAAAUGCAGUUGCUAGAUACGAUCAGAAGGAUACUGGGAAUACAUUAUAUCAGUUGUGGAGUGGAAGAUAACUUGAGGAAAAUGGAAACAGAUGAGGCUCAAGAUAUGUCCCAGGUUUCAGGAAAAGAAAGUCCUCCAAUUAGUGAUGUCCCAGAUGAUGCAGAUGAACCUAUGCCUGUACCAGAGGACCUUUCAACCAGUACUGGAGGCCAACAGAGCACUAAAAAUGAGAGAAUCUUGGCUGCAUACGGUGCAGAAGGCUUUAGGGACUUUCAUGCAAUAAUUCCCAAAUCUUUUUCCCCCGGUAAUAUUAAAAUAGAGACUCAGAGUGAUGAAGAGAAUGGGCGUGCCUGUGAAAUGAAUGGGGAAGAAUGUGCGGAGGAUUUACGAAUGCUUGAUACCUCGGGAGAGAAAAUGAAUGGCUCACACAAUGGCCCAGGCAGCAAGGCUAUGUCAGGAGUUGGAGGCAUUCGACUUCCUAACGGAAAGCUAAAAUGUGAUAUCUGUGGGAUAAUUUGCAUCGGUCCCAAUGUGCUCAUGGUUCACAAACGAAGCCACACUGGAGAACGCCCUUUCCAGUGCAAUCAGUGUGGAGCCUCCUUUACACAGAAGGGCAACCUUCUGCGCCACAUAAAGUUGCACUCGGGUGAAAAGCCCUUCAAGUGCCACCUGUGUAACUACGCCUGCCGCCGCAGGGAUGCCCUCACGGGACACCUGAGGACGCACUCAGUUGGCAAACCCCAUAAGUGUGGCUACUGCGGUCGCAGCUAUAAGCAGCGCAGCUCUUUGGAAGAACAUAAAGAACGCUGUCAUAACUACCUGCAAACCAUGAAUAUCUCCAGCAGCCUUUAUUCAGUCAUAAAAGAGGAAACUAACCAGAGUGAAAUGGCUGAAGACCUGUGCAAGAUAGGGUCAGAAAGAUCCCUCGUGCUGGAUAGACUAGCAAGUAACGUCGCCAAACGUAAGAGCUCUAUGCCUCAGAAAUUUGUUGGUGAGAAAUGUCUGCCCGAUCUCCCGUACGAUGCCACCACCAACUAUGAGAAGGAGAAUGAGAUAAUGCAGACGCACGUUAUCGACCAGGCCAUUAACAACGCCAUCAGUUACCUGGGGGCAGAGUCCUUGCGUCCCCUUGUCCAGACACCACCAGGUGGUUCUGAGGUGGUGCCCGUUAUCAGCCCCAUGUACCAGCUCCACAAACCUCUCGGGGACAAUCAGGCUCGCUCCAACCACACAGCUCAGGACAGCGCGGUGGAAAACUUGUUGCUGCUUUCCAAAGCCAAAUCUGUCUCCUCUGAACGAGAUGCCUCUCCCAGCAACAGCUGCCAAGACUCAACAGAUACAGAGAGCAAUAACGAGGAACGCAGUGGUUUAAUUUACCUGACAAACCACAUAGGUCCCCAUGCAAGAAAUGGCAUCUCUAUAAAAGAAGAAAACAGGCAAUAUGAUGUCUUGAGGGCAGGUACUGACAAUUCCCAGGAUGCUUUCAAAGUGAUCAGCAGCAAUGGGGAGCAAGUGAAAGUUUACAAGUGCGAACACUGUCGAGUCCUUUUCUUGGAUCACGUGAUGUACACGAUCCAUAUGGGCUGCCACGGGUUCCGCGAUCCUUUUGAAUGCAACAUGUGUGGCUACCAUAGCCAGGACAGGUACGAAUUCUCUUCCCACAUAACUCGAGGGGAGCACCGUUUCCAGAUGAGUUAAAACUCCUCCGGCACAGAUCCGGCCUCAACAGCUGCGCCACUGGAGCUGCACGAGCCACGACAGCCACAAAGCACAAGUCAGCUGGACAGUAAAAGUACCAAGAAAAUCAAAGGUUCAGCUAUCUUCUCCCACAAGAAAAGAUAUUUCCUUUUGGUAGCAUGCAUUGCAACUCAGUUUUCUAAAAUGAGUACUAAAGUUUUUACUGAAAAUAUUUGAUCACCAAAAACCUUUAGUAACGUAAGUAGGAGCUUUUGUAGUCACAUAGCUGAAAGCCCUUCCCUUGACUGAUGCUUCUUGCAAACCUCCCUUGCCAAAACUGUUAGCCAUGCGCAGGAUGCACCAUGCAGACGAGGACGCACCAGGCAGGAGUGGCCAAGCUUUCUCUCUUAACACCCUGAGCGUAGGGCUCUUACACCAGAUGUAAGUUUUUUGACUUCCUGGUAUUGUGUGACUCCUUUGGGAAGAUUAAACUUGACUAAAGAUGGAGGGGCCCCUCUCAGAUGACUUCACAGACAGCUAGGGUUGGACGGGACCCCCCAGCCAGAGGGUUCUGAGUUGCUUCGGUGGUAAAAAGUAGAACGUUUCUUCCUGCAAGGGUGCUGCUGGUGUUGACAUCAUGUCAUGCCUUGUUUGUGUCACUAGGCAGGUGAGCAGGUAUGUAAAAGAUAGAAGAAACACCCUUGUAAUAUACUCUGUGAAGUAUGAAUUGCAUUUAAUGUAUAGAAGAAGGGUAUUGUUGGCUCUUUGAAUAAAUGUUUUCUCUCCCUAUCCAAUAAAACCCCACUUUUCUUUAAGCAACCCUUCCUCUCUCUGCAUAAACUAGCUACAGUGUAUUUAAUUUUUCUUCCUUCCCCUUUUAGUUAUUUAGAAAAGUACGAUGUACAGUUGAGAAGCACUAGCUUUUAUGUGUAGGCAAAGUCUCCUUAUGCGCACUUCUCAUCUUUUUAAACAGCCUGGAAACUAUCCAAAUGUCCCUCUCUUACAUUAAAAAAAAAAAAAAAAAAAAAAA